AUGCCCAAGGUCAAGCACUACUCGGCGGCCUGGCUGUCGGGCAGCGCCACGGGCCACCAGCUGUUUGAGCCGUCGGCCGAGUCGAUUCGAUCGCGGGCGCUGUCGCCGGCGUACUCGUCCAAGAAGAAGCCCGUUCUGGGGCCGCGGAGGACCAUUGCGCGACGCGGCACCGAGGUCUUUGUCGCCGUGGGCAGGGAGAUCCGCUGGGGCGACCUCGUCUACCUCAAGGAUGAGUGGGCGAGCAAGCUCCAGUCGAGGGCGCGCUCCGGCUCGACCGUCCGCAUCAAGAGGGAGGACUCGUAUCACUCCAUCGACGGUGACGGCGACAUUGCGGCCGCGCCAGGACUUCGGGUCCUGAAAACGCCCGUGGCAGAUGACAUCCGUCAGCUCAUCAUCUCGCCCAACUCAAACUACCUUGCUAUUCUCACGACACACACCGUUCACAUAUGCGUCCUGCCGGAUUCUUCACAUCUCACGAGCGAGGACACGGGCCCAAUGCGCCCCAAGAUCUUCACCCUUGGUCCUACAACGCACGUCACUUCUCGAUCGCCCAUUGCGUCUGCGCUGUGGCAUCCGCUGGGAGUUAAUGGCUCCUGCAUAGUCACGGUCACUACGGACGCAAUUGUCCGCCUCUGGGAGCUGUCUCCCGAGAACCGCUGGUCGUUCGACACUCCCGCUACUUCAGUGGACCUCAAGAAGCUCGCCGACGGCACCACGCUAGACCAGGACUUUGCUGCGUCAACGACGACCACCAACAAGGGCUUCUCUCCUGACAGCUUCGAGAUGGAAGUGGCUGCUGCCGCCUUUGCAACUAAGGGUUCGGGCGGCUGGAAUCCCAUGACCCUCUGGGUGGCCAUGCGGGAAGGAGACGUGUAUGCGUUGUGCCCCUUGCUGCCUCAACGCUGGGCACCACCCCCUACGCUGAUACCGUCUCUAUCCGUGUCGAUUGUCACCACAGUGGCGAGCAUCGAGGAUGACCCCGCCAUCGACGACAAUGAGCGACUCCUGGCUCAGCAGCAGAUGCAGUGGAUGGGCGAACUGGACUCACAGGAACCCCAGGUUAUCGAAGGACUCCCUGGUGAACCUCCGGUUGAGGUGUUUACCAGACCGUCUCACCCUGGUGCAAUCCCAAGGCUGCAAGGCCCGUUUUAUCUCGACAGCAAUCCGGACUCAAAUGAUGAUCUCGACACGACAAUUACCGACAUCUUAGUCAUUGGCAAGAAGACUGAGACGGAUGAUCUGAUGAUGGGCGAGGAUGAGGAGUUGGACAUGGAUGGCGACCAGGAGGGCCUAUCUCUGGCUGUCAUCUGCCUGUUAUCCACCAGCGGCCAGGUCAGAGUCUACCUGGACCUCGAAGGGGUGCAGGCCCAAUGGCUGCCGCCUAGAAGCAAGUCCAAAGCGAUACGGGUGCCAGCGGCGCUGGACCAGCCAUCGCUACUUACUUUCCAGGCCAUCGAUACGAUGAGUCCAGUCGAGAUCACGGAAGAGAGCUGGCCCCUGUUCAGCACCGACGUCAUGUCCCGCUACAACUUCUUCGUCACGCAUCAGGCUGCAAUUACGUUUGUCUCACUCACAUCGUGGGUCUUUCGCCUAGAAGGUGAGCUGCUUGGUGACCAUGAGGCUGGCACAGACUUCAGGAUCGGCUUGUUGGUGAACUCGCAGUCUGCUAGAGACAGAAUAUUUGCGCAGCCGACGGCCGACAUUGCCGUCCCCCUGGCUGCGGCCGUGGCUAUCCGCGACCCGGACCUAGGCUACUUUUUGCUGUCCGCGACACCGCACGAUCCGAUCGCACUCACCUUUGAGACGCCUGAUAUCGAUCUCGCACCCAUUCGUUCCGAGAGCCCAGUACGGGAGCGCGAGGCGAGCAUGGCGCCGCUGGACUUUUACGAACCGCGGCCUGUCUUUAACCCGCCGUACGCAUUCGACGAAGGCUCGUCUUUGCCCGUCUUUCUCGAGCGCUUGCGGAGUUCCAGGCACAAGACGCUGGUCAACCAGGAGGUGAAGCUUAGCCCACUCACACUGCAGCUCUUCACGGACGCGCACAAGGUGUUGAGCGACGAGACGUACAAGCUCGGGCUGGCGGCUGCGGAGGUGUUCCGGCGGUGCGAGCUGCUCCAGUCGGAGCUACGGCAACAGGUCAGCAAGGCAAACGAGGUCAAGGGCAAGAUCGAUGCCAUCAGCGGGGCCAGCCGCGAUAACAACGAGGCGGACAACGCCAUGUACGAGCGACGCAUUUCCGAGGCAAAGGAGCGGCAGGAGAGGCUCACGGAGCGAGUGGAGAACCUGCGCAAGGUCGUAGGCAAAGCGACGACGAGGGACCUCAGCACGAAGGAGCGAGCCUUUGUGGAGGAAGUGAGAACGGUGGAGGCCAGCGUAUCUCGCCCCACGGGAGGCGAGGAAGCUGAGGCGAGGCAACGCUCGAAGCAACUGUGGAAGCGACUGGAGGAGGUGAAGCGCCUGCAGGGGGAGCUAGUCGGAGAGGUGGAGUCUCUACGGAGGUUCGGGGACGUGGAGGAGGUGACGUCGGCCAGCGAGCUGCGGAUCCCACAGGACAUCCGGCGCAGCAAGCUCCAGCAGGUGCAAGGCUUACUGUCUCGGGAGACGGCCCUGGUGGAGGCCGUGACGGCGCGACUGGAGCGACUGCAGGCCAACAUGUAA